AUGGAUGAAGAGGUUGUUCCUCUAGGACACGACGUGCAAGUCGUAGACCCGGACGUGCGCAACUAUGUUUACGGCCUGGUUACUGCUCUCGGCGGGUUCAAUGGCGAAAAUGCCGACCAGUAUGUGCUCGGAGACGAUGCGCUGGCAUGUUUACGCGACAUUAAACGCUGGUUGAAACUGUACGACGAAAAGAAUAACCGGAUGGACGUUGCGCGGUGCCUUGGAGAGGCCAACGUGAUCAAUGGUGAUCUGCUUCCGAUUCUCUCUCUCUGGUGGGCUACUGGACAGAACAACAAGCAUAUGACCAGGAUCGCACUGGCGUGCUUGGAGCUUCUCGUUCCCUUAACAUGGCCCGUGGAGUUUCACAGCCAGAUGACAGUCAACCACCAUCGUCAUACCCCCUACAUCCAACAAACACAGGUGCAAUACAAGAGAGGCAUCCUCAGAUCUGGCGGAUUGAAUUUACUUCGCGCAGUCAUUCGAAUUGCUCUUCCAAGCAUGGCGAUCCCUCGAUCUGAACGUGGGGCCCGAGACGAAGGAAUCCUCAAAUUGAUGUUGUACUUGCUGCGAAACAUUGCGAUCAUAUCCCCUAAUACCCGGCUUGCGGCAGAAGGCGACGAGGAAGAGACAUCCAGAUCGGCAACAAUCAACGCUUUCCAUGAGCAAGAUGCAUUUGCACUUCUCCUGACUAUGUGCUCUAAUGUCGGCGAAGACUUCAACCUUCAAGAUAUUCCUCUGAUGGAGACACUUUUUCAUAUCGUCAAGGGCGUCAACGUCGAGAAGUUGUUCAUGGACGAUGAGCAGAGAACGGCCAAGCGAACCGACGAACUCAGCGAUCUACUGAAAAAGGAAUCAUUGGUACGGAGAGAAUACGCAAAGAAUGCGCCUACACGCCAUGGAAGAUUCGGUACAAUGAUCUGGGUCAAGCGAGACGAUGCGAAGGUGUCUACUGUCUCUGGACAAGGUGUGCUGCGCGACGACCAGACCACACUGCAAAAGAUGGACGAGAGCAAAAAGUGGAAUAAGCCUCGGCCUCGUCGCAGGCAAGAAGACGAGAUCCAAAACAGUAACUUCAAUAUGCCAGCUCAUCUUAACUCCGAGGCAACUAAGAACCUGCGGACUUUCGUGGAGGAGUUUUUGGAUUCUGGGUUCAAUCCUCUAUUCACCCAUGUGCGAAAAGCAAUCGAGCGCGAAGCCGAGCGUGUGGUAGGAAUCAAUAAUCGCCAAUUCUUCUACACAGUCGGUUGGUUUCUGGAGGCAGAGCGCGUACGACGGAGUCGACAGCUCCGCCAUCGCACGGCUCAGAAUGGAGGAAGAGCUAAAGAUAUCGAACCCGAUAGCUAUGGUCUGGUUGCCGGCGUCCUGAAUCAAGAGACCUUCAUUUCUCUGAACCGGGCUAUGCAGAGUAGCCUGGAUAACAAGGAAUGGGAAGACCUCAAUGCCCAGAUGCGCUGUUUCACCCAGAUUCUGUUGACUGUUCAGGAAAUGGCAGUGUCCCCGCUCGAAGAAGAUCAGGAAAUUGCAGAGAACAUUCAAAACCGAAUCUUCUACGAAGAAACAACCCAUGAUCGGAUCCUUACUAUUGUGCGCGGAUACAAAGACCAAGGGUUUGGUUAUCUGGAUGCCUGCACAGAGUUAGCACAUGUGUUCCUGCGUAUGUUGGAACGAUAUUCCAAAGACAACGCCGACAUGCAAAUCCGCUCGCGUCGAAAGGCCAAAAGGCAAAAGAAGGCUGCCCAAGCUGCCGAGCAAGAGGGUGGGGAUGACGACGACGAGCGUGACUCUGAAGAUGAAGACAUGGAGGAAGCCGCCCAGGUCACCAAGGAACGUAGCUUUGACUUUAAGCGAUUCUCAGCGAAGUUCUGCAACCAAAACUGCGUGGAUACCUUUAUUGCAUUCACAGGAUUCUACCGAGAGCUCAAUUCUGAGCAGCUCAAACGAGCCCACCGCUAUUUCUACCGGAUUGCAUUCAAGCAGGAGAUGACUGUCUUGCUGUUUCGUGUGGAUAUUAUCAGUCUUUUCUACCGAAUGAUCAAAGGCCCGGGCCCCAUGGACUCGAGCAGGUCUGUAUUUAAGGAAUGGGAGGAAUUGGUCCGGCAAAUCAUACGACGAUUGGUCAAGAAGCUUGAACAGCGCCCAGCCUUGAUAACUGAACUGCUGUUCAGUAAGAUCAACUCCACUGUCUACUAUCUUGAAUAUGGACACGAAAAGCAAACGAUGUCCAGUUAUAAGCGUCCCCCGCCGGAGCUUAUUAUUACAUCAACGGACGCGACGACAAAGGAAGCGAAGCUCCACAUCGUGGUUGGCGCUCUUGUUCUCGAUGGUAGAGCAGAUUUGGUGCAAUGGAUCAAGGAUGUCGUGAGCUCCGCAGCCUCCGAAAGAGAGGACUGGGAAACCCAAGAAGAAGUCCGUCGCGUCGAGAACCCCGAGAACAUCCACGUUCCCAAUCCGAUGAUUACCGUAAAAGGCAAGAACGAGUUCGUUCAGAAUGCCAUGUUCUCGAACGCAAGGCUACGUCUGCUCAUGACCGUCGUCGGAUUCGAGCGACUCGGCGUUGAAGAUGUGCUUGGUGCCUCUUGGGUCGUUCCGGCCUCUUUCAAGUCCGACGAUUUGCGUGAAACAGCUUCCGAAAUUUUGAAAGCCCUUCAAACACCGUUCUCCGGAGAUGACAAUGAUGAUCCUCGCAAGCAGAUCCAACCAAAGAACAGAGGAAUCGGUCGUGGCAACAUUCAAAGCACGCUUGAUGUCAACUUCGGAUCGGAGUCCGAAGGCGAGGACAUUCCAGAUGGUCCUUUAUUCCCGGCGAAUCUGCGGUCAAAAUCUAGUGCGCUGGAUGAGCUUAAAAAGAAGCGCAAGAAGAAGCAGAAGAAGACCAACACCGAGAGUGAGCCACUGGAUGACGAAACCCUAGAAGCGCGGCGCGAUGCGCGUUUAUCAAACGCACUUUCUCGCCAAGCGAAGAUUAAGAGUGAUCUGUUCAUUCAUGCCAGCGACGAAGAAACGGACGAAGAAGCCGACAAAGAGUUCUUCCGGCUCGAAGAAGAGCGGCGAAUUAAACAAGCAAAAGAAGUCAAGAAGGCCUUGCUCACUGGAGCCGUCGAACCCUCAAGCAAGGGCAAAGGGAAGAAGUCUGCCGCCCGCAAGCGAACUAGCGACACUGGCAUAUCUGCCACCGCAAAAUCGAAGCGACAGCGUCGUGACUCUGGUUCUGCUGCUAGCGGUGCUGAGAGUGAUGCUGAUGGUGAUAUUCUCAUGGCAGAACUUGACGCUCAAUCGUCACACUCCCAGCAGGAGAUCUCCACUAGCUAUGGCGCUGGAGAGGACGAAGACACCCCUCUCAUAUCGGAUGAGGAUGAUCUUGCUUUCGAUGAUGAUUUCGCCUUCACUCGAGAUCGCCCGAGUAAGCUCCAAGCUACAGAGCCCGAGGUUAUAGAUGAUGACGAGGAAGAUGUGCCUGUGGCUCCAGCUCGGAGACGUAUGCGCGGUGGAUUUGUGAUUGAGAGUGACUCUGAAUAG